AAAAACUAAAAGUACUUCGUCAAAAGGGAGGGAGAGAAGUCUGUGUAAUUUUGUGGAAGAAAACGUUUGUUAAAAGUGUGGAGUACUCUUUUCUGUAUUCUGUGGGGCUUGCAUGAAACCCGAUUUGUAGUUUCGAAGGAAUUGGAGAAGAUUUGAGUGAACAAAGAGCAAGAAAAUGGAAAAGACGAUUCCCACUGCAACGACAUUGCAACCAAAGUCUCCAGAGAAAAAUGGCCCGUCCCGUCAUGAAGACAUUGCAGGCAACCACAAACAGAAGCAGAAGAGGGUGAAGACUUCACACGAUAAUCACAAAGACGUAAAUGGAGUUAAAACGGACAACCAGCUUUUUUUCAAGACGGCAAAAGACAAGCAACAUGAUCGAAAAUCGCGAACUGGAAGGAAGGGUGCUGCAAAGAAAGGUGGAGCCGGUGGCAAGGGAACUUGGGGCAAAGCUGGUGAAGUGUAUGAUGAUACUGAACUGAUGAAUGAUGAACAGGAUCCAAACUAUGAUUCCGAGGAGGCAGAGGAGCCUUAUUUGGAAGAGUUGAAACCAGUGUUGAAAGAAGAUGAAUUUGUUCAAAUUGUUCAACCUCUGAUACAAGAAUAUUUUGAGCAUGGUGAAACUCAAGAAGUUAUUCUGUCCCUGAACGAGUUGAACAUUUUACCAUCAAUGAAGCACAAGAUUCCAGCCUUGGCUAUUUCUCUUGCCAUGGAAAAGAAGGAUGCUCAAAGGGAAAUGACAUCAAUAUUAAUAUCAGAUCUAUAUGGUGUCGUUGUUACUGAAGAUGAAAUUUCUCAAGGAUUCAUGGAUGCUCUGGAUGAUUUAGAAGAUAUAACACUUGACACUCCAGAUGCACCAGAGGUUCUGGGUAAAUUCAUUGCUCGGGCGGUUGCAGAUGACUGCCUACCGCCAGCAUUUGUAAAGAAUUACACAGAAGAUACGAGUGCGGAAUCGCAGCAAAGGAAGGCGUUAAGUCGUGCCGAUGUCCUUCUUAAAAUGAAACAUGGUAUGGUAAGACUGGACAACGUCUGGGGUGUCGGUGGCGGACGUCGACCUGUGAAACAAUUAAUCAAGAAAAUGAUAUUGUUACUGAAGGAGUACCUUUCGUCCGGGGAUAUUGAAGAGGCGAGUCGCUGUCUGGAAGAGUUAGAUGUUCCACAUUUUCAUCACGAGUUAAUUUAUGAGGCUGUGGUGUUAUUGUUCGACAAAGAAGAUGCCAAAGUCGGUAAGAAGAUGGUGAAAUUGUUCAAGGCGUUUACAUUGAGCAAUAUUGUGACACCUGAUCAGUUCAUUUCGGGUUUCGAGCGUGUUUUUCGCUCCAUGGAGGAUCUCAGUUUGGACACGCCGCACGCAUAUCAAAUUUUGGAGUCUUUUUGUAACGAGUGUGUUGACGAAAAUAUCAUCAGCGAUGAAUUGAGAAGCAAAAUGCCCACCAGGGGAAGAAAGCGAUUUGUCAGUGAAGGAGAUGGUGGUGUCCUCAAGCAUUGACCCCCCCUUUUUCACUCAUGGCUAUGACACCCAUAGUUCCGGCAUCAUGAAUUAGUCCUUUACAAUUGAAAGUGUGUAUCUUUUUUGGAAAUGAUCAGAAUGGUCAGUUGUUGUUGUAAAUAGAAAUGGGCACGCAGCUUUGAGCUGCCUUCGAUAAUUUUACUGUGCUUCCGGUUGUUUUAAUCUCAUUGUAUUGUUGUAAGUUGACGUCGUUUAUUGUCGUUGGAAGUGACGUCAUUUGUUGUCGUUUUAACUUGACGUCAUUGUUGCAAGUGACGUCAUUAAUUGUCGCAGGUUGACGUCAUUUAUGUCAUCCACUCGUUCAAGCAUGAGUUCGAUAAUUUUAGGCAGCUUGUAUUUGACAUAUUGUUCAAAAUUUCAUUUCAACAUUUCUUGAAAACCUAGUUGGAAAAAACCCACUGGAAUUUUGUCAAAACAUAAAACCAGUUAUCAUGAAGAACCAUUCGCAAUACGUUGAAAACAAAUUGCCUAAAAUUGCAUGCUUCUGCUCUUUCCCCUUCGUCAUAAAGAUAUGUAAAUUGUUGCGAGAUACACGAUGUCAACCAUAAUACGGGGACCGCGCGGUUGUGGAGGGGCCUGGAAUGAACCGCGAACCCAUAAUUUUUCAUAUGUAAUUAUGUAUUUUUAAUUUUCCUUGUGCGAUGUAUCGUCUAUUUUAUAAACUUGAUAUAUUUGAUGCUUUGAUAUUAUACAAUGCAUGUUUUCGAACUUGUUUUGUACAAUAUUUGAUUGGUCUCAGUCAUUGCCAAUAAAGAUUCCUUUGAACGA